AUGUCGGACUCUGAGAGCAGUAUCGACAGUUUUGAACUGAUGAAAAGGAAUUUGAGUAUGGAAACUGGCGAAUCAAGAUUUACAAAGAAUGAAAAUAACGACAAACUUGAGGAAUUUGAACUACUCUUUCGAUCGAUGAUGGAGUCUCGUGGUCCUUCUCAAGAGGAUGAGGAGGCGCCACAAGAGGAAGUGAGCGACGAGAAAAAUGCAGAAAUGUCGGGUCCGGAAAAUCCGACGGAUUUUCGCUUGGAAUUCAUUGGAUCGAUUGUGCAAAAAUCGUUGAAACUGAAACCGGAAAAAUGGGGACGUUUACUGUUGACUGAAGAACAUCGAAAUUGUGUUUUGGAUUUUUUGGACAAUCCAAUUCCAGCUGCACUUUUCGUUGUGCUCACGCCAAAUGCGCAAUUAAUUCCUUCUUGUGGAUUUCCAAUUCCAUGUCAAAGGACUAAAGGAAUUUACACGAUAAAAGUGAAGAUAUCUUCAGUGCCAAACGAUCAGAAUGGAUGUUCGUCAAUGCUCAUCACCGGUGACUUGUCUCACCGAGUGGUCGACGAGCUCGCCACUCUCGUCGACAAUAUUUUCUCUCCUCUCCUCAGUAAAAAAGAGAAUCACAAAAAUCUUCCGGAAGUGGCACUUGAGGACAUCAAUAGACACGUUUAUUCCCUAAGAGGAACCCUUUAUCAAGUCAAGGGUCAGGUGAAUGGAAGAACUGUACUUCCAAUGCCAGCAGGUCUCGAGAAAGUGUCAGAAGUUGAAAGAUUGGUUACCACCGAAGGACCACAGGCGGUCGAUUUAUAUCUCAAAAGUUCAAUAGAAGGUGUGGUGAUUAAAUGGGCUUAUUUGGUGAACGAUGUCGUUACACAAGAAUCUGGUUCGGCUUUUGAAAAUGGACAAAAUCCCACUCCCGACGUUGAAAUUGAAUUUUGGAACAAAAGACUCGCAAACUUGAGAUACAUUUUCGAUCAAUUGCGAGAGGAGCGAGUGAAGAAAAUGGCGAAAAUUUUAGAGCUCACUGAAAGCGCAUAUUUUCCAUGUUUUCGAACGCUUUUCGAAAAUAUUGUCUCAUCAUUGGCCGAGUCGAAAGAAUUGUCUCUCUAUUUAUCGCCAUUGGCAAAAUUUUUCAAAUCCAUUGAGGAAACUGAUUUUGCCGAGGCAAAACCAUUAAUGGCAAUUGUUAUUCAUGCCGUUGGCCUUGCAUGGGCGAAGACAAAAUAUUAUCAAAACUCGUCAAAAUUAAUAAUCAUGCUGCGUCAAAUUUCUAAUUUGUUGAUUCAAGAAGCUCGACGCUUUCUCGAUCCAACGUUAAUUUUUCAGAGUGACGUUGAUGAAGCUCUACAGAGGGUUCAAGUUUGUCGAGACGUUCUCGAGGAAUUUAAAAGGCAAUUUGAAUUAAGAAAACAUGAGCCGGGAAUGAAAGAAGAAGCGCCACCGUGGAAAUUUGAUCCAAAUGUGAUUUUUCAACGUUUAGAUGCAUUUUUGAAACGAUUGGCAAAUAUUGAAUGGCUUUUUUAUACAGUUUUGGAAUUUUCAAAAUUGGAAAAAGUCGAAGUCGGCGGCAUAUUGGGAAGGUCGUUGAGUGCAAGAAUUGUUAGUGUUUAUAAGGAGUUUCAACAACUUUUCACAUCAUUCACAACAAGAUCGACCGAUGUACUCGAACCAGACGACGAAUCAUUUGCCAUUGAUUGUGAAAAAUUCAGUUCUUCAAUUAUCGAUCUCGAUAGUAAAUUGGCUUCUAUUUUGUGUCAAGCAUUCGACGAUUGUCAUAAUUUAGAAAGUGUCUUCAAGUUGAUAAACAUUGCGGGAUCAGUUUUAGAGCGUCCAGUGAUUUGUAAGCAGUUCACGAAACGCUAUUCACGUAUCCUGGAACUGUUAAAGCAUGAGCUGACUCUGAUAGAAGUCCUGUUUAAUCUGGGUUCACGAGGAGCCAUGAGUAACCUUCCCCCAUUGGCUGCCGGUUUACAAUUUACGAGUAUGCUGAGGCAGCGAAUCGAUCACCCAAUUCAAGCCUUCAAAUCUCUCCAGCAUCCGAUUGUUGAAUGCGAUGUGGGUAAAGAUAUAAUAGUUCGAUAUGAGAGAUUAACGAAAAUAUUGAAUGAAAGAGAGGAUUCUCUGUUUAAUGAAUGGUUAAUAAUCGUUCCGAGAUUCAUCGAUAAAGGAUUAAGUCGAUCUCUACUAACGAGAGACACAGUUUCCGUUUUGAGUUUAAAUUUUGAUCCGGAUUUACUUGCUGUUUUGAAAGAGGUCACUUAUCUCAUUCAAAUGUGUGAUAGAGAAAUUCCAAAAAUCGCCCUCGAGGUGUCGGAGGCGUCAGAAAUGUUUCGCAACUAUCGAACAUUAUUGGGAGGCACUGUGAUAUCGUACAACAAUAUUCGCAAGACAUCCCGUCGCGUUGAAUUUCAUCUGAUAGAACAUGAGGUCGCCAAAGUAGAUUCCCUCGUGUCUCGAGGUGAGAAGGAACUAUAUUGGAAAUCCAAAGGCCUCAAUGAUUAUAUAAGUGAAUUAGGUUCUCUGGUGGAAAAUCUUUGGGGUCGGAACGCCCCUAAUCGAGAGGAAGGAUCAUCGUAA